CGUACCACUUCCACGACUGUUCACAGUCGUUGUUUGUGUUUUACCGUAGUCGAGCGAGGUGCCUGUUUCAACUGAGUCUAGUCAGUAGUAUCUAACCCCGCCGACGAGCGGAACGCGUGUACGUAUAAUCGGUGUUCGUUGGAUCGAUCUUUCGAAGAAUAGACGUCGAGCCACCGAAGGAUGGGCAUAUUCCGUGAAUUUCCGAUCGUGUUUAAUCUCUACAAGAAAUAUAGUUAGGCGUACAGAGGGGCGAAUUAGACACCGGUGGAAGAACGAAUAGAAGAGUUUAUAUGGGCAUCGAUACUGCGCGGUCUUAACUCGCGAUCAGUGUUCGUGUAAAUACGUCACGGCCCCGAGUUUUCAGACGACAGCAGCAAUAAGCAAGUGCGAAGAAUAAUUUGGACGUAACGUGAUUUACGCUUCGUUCUUACCACCGAGGCAAGCAGUAUGAGUAAGGUGUCAGGAAUGAUGGAGACGGAAGACGUUGUUGGGAAACCGACUCUGGUGCGACGAGUGUCUAACAUGCUGAAAGAUGGAAGUUACAGUGGACCACCGAUACUGUUCCGGCAUGCGUCCAUGCAGAAGAUCCGUCAUUGCUGUCAGAACCUGAAUCUUCUGCCCUAUCUGUUGUACUCUUUCGACAAUUCCAAGUCUCACCCGAUCGCCCGCAAGGUUCACAUCUGCCUGGGCCAGUUCCUCCAAGUGAUCACGGCGAGAAUCUUCUUACUGUACAAGAGUUUCCGGCAAUCGCUAUUAUGCGGCAUCCGCUCGAGCGAGUGCCAGUUAUCGGAACCGUCAAAGAGAGAAGAAUUCUGCAAAUUGACGCCGAAAUUCCGAACCGCCAGGCAACAGAAACGGAAGCGAGCCAGCCCUCUGUUCCUCACACUGGCAGUCUACUUUGCCCCGCUGCUUUUGGCUUUCCAGUUGAUCGGAUUGUUCAGUCUGAUGAUCUUUGGAAAGUACACGCCUGGCUUUAUCUUCCUCAUCUCGGCCCUAUUGUUCCUCGGCUGCAUCUCGCUCAAGAUCCUCUUCCACGAGACUGUCACGCACACUCGCAAGUGCGAGAAGAUGAAAGCGGAAUGAUCAUCCUCCGGCUGUCCUUGUUCAUCUCAGCCACCCCUCUGCUAUCAGACUGUUCAUCGGAUAGAUAAUAGACCUGAGAGUAUUGAGAGUCUUGGCCUCCUUUGCAGUUCUCACCUUUAUCGCAUUUGAUUACUUAAACGACGAGAUACCAGAUAGAGCUUACUUAUUACUCCUGUAUAUCGCAAGAGCCAGCUCGUCCAUGCUCAUCCAUGCCCGUGUCUCUCUUUAUACAUAUUUACGAUAAUCGUUUUUUCACGAUCGAUGCCUUCGUAGUUACGUUAGGAUCUCCGUCAAUUGAUCCGAUUGGUUCGUAAGUUCCAUGAUAUUUUUUUGUACUUUGUCAUUAUCGGACUGAUAUACGUAAUCGUGCGCGUUAUCGUUGUUGUAACGUUAGAGGAUAGGAGGCUGUAAUGACGUGCUUCAAUUUACGGAUAGGUUUCAAACUUUCUGCGACAUUUAUUAACGCCGGCAUAAUCGUAGUACCCCUUUAAUCCUUAUUGUCUUCUUGAAUGUAAUUCUGACAAUUACUACAUUCUAGCCGCAUAACACCGUGUACACAUGAAGUUACCUGGAUAGCGUAUCGUGAAUCAGCUUAUCCUCUACAGCAGAAGACUGAGAAUCGUUUUAACUUGUAUAUAGAAGAAAACGAAAAAUAAUACGCGCGAGGAGAAAGUAUAC